UACGACGUUUUCUGCUCAUCGCCGGACGAACGGAACAAAAGUUUUUUUUCCGCUGCUGCCAAGCUCUCUCGCUGUCGCGGCUGCUAUUAUAUUCGCGUAUACGUUGUCGAGUGGCUCUGAUAGAAGUCGUUCCGCGGUGUGGAAAAACUUUGAAAUUGGGACUUUUUUCGCUGUUUUCCAGCAGCCCUUUCUUGGACUGGUUAAAAUAGUUCGUGUGUGACGCAGAAAUCGUAGCAAAAUUCGCGUGUUUUACCGUCGAAAUUUACGAAAAAAGGGAAGUUCAGUACGCAGAAGGCAGAAAAAUCGUAGCUAUUUUUUGUGCGGUGGCGGACGCUCUCUUUGUCGCCUGCAACGAGUGGAAAGGUUUCUCCUUUCAUUGUGGGUUUUUUUUCUUCUUUCGGUGAAAAGUACGUGGAAAAGUGACAGAAAAGUCCGGUUCCGAGGGAAAAGGCUAAUCUUGCCUUUGUGGCUUCGAUUGCAUCGAGGACAAAACGAAAAGACUCGGUUUCGGAACGAGAAUAGAUUCGGUUGGGCUCGACUGCAGCAGACAGGAAGCGAGAACAAGGAAAUUUUUCGUUCCUCGUCUUGUCAGCAGCAGUGAGAAGUGCUCGGGAAGAAAAGUAAGAAGAGUGACACAGAAAAAAAAGUUGUCCAUACCUCAGCGGAAAGAAUUCGGUUCGAUUUCGAGAAGGAAAAAAAAUUGGUUAAAAAUCAGAAGAAAUAGCCAAGUGAGCCAAGUUUACUUGGAUAUUGUAUCGUGUUUGUGUUGUGGUUUGAUUUCAUUCCUGACAGGAGGGAUUUGAAUUUCUCUGAUACAGUAUUUUGGGGACUGAUUUUUUGUUUUUAUUGUUGACACCCAGGAGCCGGAAACGCAAUCGCAUCCACCAAUGUCAACCGUGUCAGAUCAGCGAAUGAAAGGACAAGGAAAUCACGGUUAUGGUUAUGGCUCGCAGCAGACGACAACUGGUGCACAGUUCCAAUAUCCUCCGUUCAGCGGUGUAGGCGAGACGGCUGCUUGGUCCAAUGGGAAUGAAAGUAUAGCUAUAAUCGGUGGAAAUGAUUACAAUAACUCAUGGGGAUCACAACAAAUGAACCACGGUCACGCUGGUGCACCAGCCGGAGGACAUUCACAGAGAAAGCCGUAUGAUGACUAUUACCAGCGGAAUCAAGGAGCCUACCAGGGUCACGAUGGAAUUAAGAAUGUUGAGCAAGGAAUGCAGGGACUCGGCCUCGGUUCGAUGCACCACGACAGAGACACAAACCAUCACUCCUCCUCACGCAGUGGCAAUCCACUAUCCAAAUCGGAUCAACAUCACCAGCAGCAAAAGGAAGCUCCCAAAAAGAUGACGUGGGCCUCGAUCGCAUCGCAACCGGCUAAACCGCAAGUGAACACCACGAGUAUAACGGUGAAGAAGAAGGGCCCCGGAAUGCCCCCACCACCGAUGGUACCUGGAAAGCAUAAUAUGGACAUCGGUACCUGGGAUUCGCCGUCCAAGAACGGACCGAGUGCGAUGGUACCAACUCCGACACCACCGGCCAUUAUUCCCCCGCCGUCGAUCGAACCAUCGCCGCUUGCUGAUCAGCCGGCCGGUAAGGGACCUAGCACUGCUGCUGCGAUGGUAGCCGGCCAUGCGGGUGGUAGCGGUGGCCACCAACAGCACCAUCAACAGUCGCAAUACGCGCAGCAGAAUAUGGGACCACCUGCGGGAGCACAUAACGCGCGCUGGCCAACACCUGGCCAAGCUCAGAAUCCGCUUCCUCAGCAACAACCGCCACAGCAACAGCUACAACCGCAGAACCAAACUGCUGGAGGAGGUAGCAACAUGAUAUCUCAGCAACAUCAUUCACAGCGGUCAGAUCAUCGUCAAUACCAACCGGCAGGUCCUCAGCAAAAUAAUCGUAAUAAUUUUUCUGGACCACCACCAUCGAUGAAUCAAGGAGCACAGAGUUAUCAUCAGCCGCCUCCGUUCCAUCAGCAGCCGCCUUCGAUACAGCAACAGGCGCAUCCUCGUCAAAGCCAGAAUCAUCAUGGACCGCCUCCGGUCCACCAUCAGCAGCAGCAGGGCGACCGAGGAAACUAUCAACAGCCUCCUCCAUCUCAUCGUCCACCAGUGGACGACCGAAGGGGAGCAAAUAACGGCCCUAACAGUUUCCACGAAAGCCAGUCUUCUCAACCACCACUGCAACAGUCUCUACCGGUGCAGCAGCCAGUGCAACUGCAGUCACAGCAGCAAUCACAACCGCAACCACAACAACCCCCACAGCAGCCAGCACAGGCUGCCUCGCCGCAAUCUCCUACGCCACCAAGCGGUGCAGACCUCAGUGGUGCCGCCGCACCAGCAGCACCAGUUCCGAACCUUUUGCAGAGCAAGAAUAACUACAAUCCGCCUACGUUGGAUAUGUUGGAUACGGCGCAUCUAGCUAGGUUCUUCGUAAUCAAAUCGUACUCGGAGGACGACAUCCACCGCAGCAUCAAGUACAGCAUCUGGUGUUCCACCGAGCACGGCAACCAGCGGCUGGAUCAGGCGUACCGCGAGCGCGAGGAAAAAGGCGGCAUGGUGUAUCUGUUCUUCUCGGUUAACGGUUCGGGUCAUUUCUGCGGUAUUGCGCAGAUGAUGACGGCCGUCGAUUACAACUCCAUCUCGAGCGUAUGGUCCCAGGACAAGUGGAAGGGCACAUUCAAGGUGCGCUGGAUCUACGUGAAGGAUGUCCCGAACGGACAGCUGCGACAUGUGCGACUGGAGAAUAACGAGAACAAACCGAUCACGAAUUCGCGCGACACGCAGGAAGUACCGAAUGCGAAGGGAGUGCAAGCGCUAAAGAUCAUCCAUAGCUAUAAGCACACGAUGUCGAUAUUCGACGAUUUUACCCAUUAUGAGAAGCGCCAGCUGGAGGAGGAUACCAAGAAACAUGACGUUCCAUCACAAGGACCGCCACAGUAUAGACCGCAGCAGUACGGAGGUGGUUACGAUAGUGGUCCUGGCAAGUACCACAAUAAUUACAACAAAUAUAACGAUCGUGACGGCGUGGGUGAUGGAUACAAUUCCCGCGGAGGUUAUGAGGGAAGAAGUUAUCAAGGAGGAGGAGGAUACAACAAGAGUUAUGGUGGCUACAACAACCGUAGCCAGUACAACAAUCAGGAUGGCGGACGGGGAGGCUAUCAGAGCUACGAUCGGCGUAACAAUAACAACAGUAACAAUAGCGGCAACGGUAGUAACAGUGGGGACGAUCGUGAAGGUAGCAGCUACCCGGAUCGCUCGAGAGACAGCCACGAUGGGGGUGGUUACAAUCAGCGUGGUGGUACUGCCUACAGUAGACCGAGCCGAGACUACUACGGCCGAGAUGACAACCGUGGGCGUAGCGAUUAUCGAGAUGCUGGCAACGAUAGCUACAGACCAUCGCGACCUAGUGGGGGUGAUCGCGGCGGCUCGGAUGCCGAAGGUGGCUCCCGGGAUGGUGGUGAUAAUAACGGCGGCGGUGGUGGUGGUUAUCGGGGCGGAUCGAGAGACCACUAUCGGAACCGCAAUGACCCUAGCCAGCCGAACAGUCGCGUUAAGCGGGCCGUUCAUCCUAAUGUCCGCGCAGAUGUUGUUGAACGUGGCGCAGCGGUUGGUGCAGGUUCUUAUCACAACAGCAACAUCAACAACAACAACACCAGCAGCAGUAGCAAGAGCAGCCUGCAGAAUUGAAUCGGUCGGUGAGGUAGAACAUCUUUUAACGGUUUGAUUGAUUUAGGACUGUCUAUAGGAUGCCUCAAGCUUACGAAGGAAACAAGGCAGAAUGAGCAGCGUACGAGAGAAAGCAAGACAGAAAGAAGCAUACAAAAACAUGCAGGAAUAUAAUUGUUCGUAUGGGCGAAAGCAGACAACCGAGAAAACAAGAAAAAUACAUUGCUUGGAUUGAGACUCAAAGUAUGAUUGUAGGGAAGAUAAAUUGAAAAUUUAAUAUAUCGAUUUAAAAAUAUUUAAUAAACGUUAAGAAAGGAAUGCUCUUAAAGAAACCAAAGUUGGGACACGUAUCGAACCCAGCUGGCAGAUAAAAAAAGAUUAUGACUUGUUAAAAUAUUAUAGAACAGAUCGUAUAUAUCUAAGCAAAAAGGUAAUCAAACAAAUAAACGUAACGUUCUUAAGUUUUCUUUUUAUCACAUUAUACAAAAUGAGUAAAAACAGUAAGAGAAUGUUAACAAGAUAAUAUUCCUAAAACGAUUUGAUUUUUAACUUUCUCACGAAUCAAUACUAGAAAAGGAAACAAAUAUUAAAAAAAUGAUGAAAAGAAAUGCUGCCGUUAGAUAAAGUAAAAUGAUGCAACCUUACAGAAACUUAUAACAACAACAAAAUGCACAGUUUUUACUUUUUUUUCAAUUCGCAAGAAUACAAGUGGAGGUGUUUGCGGAAGCUGAUAGCUGACAGUGUGAAUGCUGGAUGAUGGUGGGAGAAUCGACGACCGGAACUCGCUCGCUUGUCCCCUGCUGGACGGUGGUGACUGGUGACGAGAUGACAGUCAUCGCCUCCGGCACCGAGCGCGAGCCUAAAUGUGUGCUUUCGAAGCGAAUUUUGGAUACUCAAAGACUGCUUACGGAGAAAUCCGAAAAACGGAAGAAACAACAAGUGCAACAAAUGUGUGUAUAUUUUCGAGGAAAUAUGGAUAUCGAAGAACCAAAAAUUAAAUAACAAAAACGUGCAACGUUGACUGAAAAGUACUACCCUUUUAAUAGAAGAGACACGAACAAAUUGCCAAGUAUUACGCAGUUCAAACAAGUUUUUUUUUAAACAUAAUUUUGUUUUCUGUUGAUUUUUGUAUUUUAGUGUUGUCCAUUUAGCAAAUGCAAGUAAAACUAAAAGUAUUUCCCGCCACAGUUGAAAGACACAUCGUCAUUGCUGAACAAAAACUCCAUACCGAAUGGUUAAUUUUUCUCCGGAACCAAUGGGAAGCUAUUUCCUGCCGCCGUAGAAAGUGCACACCGCAUAACAAAGAACACAAUGUUCCGUGCUAGAAAUGGACCUUUUUAUCAUUAACGCAUAUGAACACUUUUAUAAGUGGAAACCUAUUUGUGAUACACAUCGUUGGUACUGUGAACAAGUGUGAGAAAUCCGUCGAAAGUGCGCCAAACAAAAACAAAAUCUGUGUAAGUAAAGGACAUUACUCCCGUGCAAGAAGUUGCCCCAUCGUCCGGCUCUGCGGCCACAGCCGAAUCAACAAUAGAGAGCUGCAAGCUGUCGGGGAAAAAAAGAUGGUGUUAUUUUAUUUUUCUCUGUAGCAUCGCGAAAACAAAAAAAAACAAUUGUGCUACUUCUAAGCAAACAAGUUCACUAAAAGCUGACGAAACGAAUACUACUAAAUAAACACUACUAGAUGGUCAUUUAGCAAAAAUUGCUGUUCACAUUCAUCGGAUCAAAGGUGUUUUAAGACUAAAAACUAAUAGACAAAAAUUAUCAAAAAAAAAGAUAAAAAUAAUUUUCUAUUUUUUGGUCAAAUAAUAUUAAGAAUCACUUAACAAUGUGGUAAGAAGAAUACGUAGUAGAGAUGAAUGAGACUAGGAGUUAAAACACAUUUUUCAAAACAUAGGCAAAAUUAGUUGGUUUCCAACAUCGGAACUGUCACAGCAACACGUUUUGUAAAACUUGCCCGACUAUGAUGCGAAUUUCAAGCCUUUGUGUUGACAGUUAAAAAUCCCACAGGUUCUUUUUCGUCUUUUGGAACAAGCGCCACACGGCAGUGGUAAAAUAUGAAUUAAAGGAAAUUUAUACAAUGGAUUUGCCCCGUAACAACAGUAGGUAAUCUGACUUUUUUGUCUAUUUUUACAAAUUCGAAUGAACUAUCGAUUAGAGUAUUGUGUUUUAUUUUAUUAUAGGUAAACUAAGACAAACACAAACAACAAUGCAUCAAAGUUUCAAUUAAUUAUUCUCUUUUUUAUCACCGAAUGAAUAAAAUAUAAAAAUUCAGCUAAUUUAAAGUGUAACUGAUGCUGCGCGUUGGCUGUUAGGGUACGUAAUCAUUCGACGCAAGCAAAACGAAAGUCUGUCUAACAGGAAAGUGGGAGUAUAAUUAAAGAGCAAACUAAGUAAUGAUAAGAAACUAACAUAUAUUCAAACAAACAAACAAACACAAAAUAUGAAGAUUCUAAUUGAGUUUAUGGAAUCCUGCGGAGACAAAAUGUAAACAAAUGAAGUAGAAUGCUAAAUAGUGAAUGAAACCAAUUAAUAUAAAUGUAUAACUGAACUCUUUGCAAAUUACUACUGUUCGACGGCUAAACGAGAAAAAAGAAGAAAAAACGAUGGAAUGUACACAGAACUAAUGAUGACUAUACAUGAAAUGAACCAGAAAAUCAUACAAAAAUAAAGGACAACAAGAAUGAACACGGUAAAGAAGUAUAAAAUAAAAAUGCAACUACAUACAUCUAAUCGACUAUGAUGAAUUAUUAAGAAAUAAAAAGCCAAGCAUAAACAAAUGAUUAUGGUGAUCAUGCAUAUUGAGAGAUGUACAUAGAAGUAAGGAAUACAAACAAAUUAAAAAAUUCAAUGAAAAAAAGUAAUAAAAGGCAUAUUGAUAAUAAA